AUGCUACUCAAACAGGGGAUAUGUACAGGGUUGGUGGGGCUGACCUCAGCGAGAAAUCUACGCGUUGACGUAAGCAUGGGUAAGUCACCGUUGUAUGAGAUUAGUGCCCUAGGCACCCAUUAUUUAAGUUUGGGACCGGGUUCCAUGGAAGCGAAAGUUAUCUCCAGCGGAAUCCGGUACUCAAGCCUUCCCAGUAGUUAUAUCCGUCCAGAAUCUGAAAGACCAAAACUAUCUGAAGUUGCUGACUGCGAGAAUGUUCCUGUAAUUGACUUGGGUUAUGGAGAUAGAAGUCUAAUAAUUAAACAAAUUGGCGAUGCUUGUCAGGAGUAUGGCUUCUUCCAGGUGAUCAAUCAUGGAAUAUCAAAGGAGUCAAUGGAGAAAAUGUUAGCGGUCGCUUAUGAUUUCUUUAGUUUACCAGUGGAAGAGAAAAUGAAGUUGUACUCCGACGACCCAUCAAAAACUAUGAGGUUAUCCACAAGUUUUAACGUUAGGAAGGAGACUGUUCACAAUUGGAGAGAUUAUCUCAGGCUUCAUUGUUAUCCAUUGGAGAAAUAUGUGCCUGAGUGGCCUUCUGUUCCCCCUUCUUUCAAGGAUAUCGUAAGCAAUUACUGCAGGGAAGUUCGACAACUCGGAUUCAGAUUGCAGGAAGCCAUAUCUGAGAGCCUAGGAUUAAAUAUAGACAACCUAAAGAAUGUAUUAGGAGAACAAGGGCAACAUAUGGCAGUUAACUUUUAUCCAGCUUGCCCCGAACCAGAAUUGACUUAUGGAUUACCGGCACAUACAGAUCCAAAUGCCCUCACAAUUCUACUUCAAGAUUCGCAAGUAGCAGGCCUUCAGGUUCUUAAGGAUGGUAAAUGGUUAGCAGUAAAACCCCACCCGGAUGCUUUUGUCAUCAACGUUGGCGAUCAACUCCAGGCGCUGAGUAAUGGAAAGUACAAAAGUGUUUGGCAUCGAGCUGUGGUGAAUGCUGAUAAACCAAGAAUGUCAGUGGCUUCCUUCCUCUGCCCAUGUGAUAGUGCAGUAAUAAGUGCUCCAAAGCCACUUAUGAGCGAUGGAUCUCCAACCAUUUAUAGAAGUUUCACAUAUGCAGAGUAUUACAAAAAGUUCUGGAGCCGGAAUUUGGAUCAAGAACACUGUUUGGAACUUUUCAAGAACUAG